UGUACUCACUCCUCCCUGAGACGGCAGAGACCCAGUUUGCCAAGCACAUGUCGGAGAUACAGAGUGAGGCAAAGUACAAGAAGGACAACGAGGACCUGCCCAACACGUUGUUCUCUCUGCUGCCUGAAACGCUGCAGACGCAGUUCGUUAAAGAGAUGGCGGAGACGCACAGCGAGGUCAAGUACAAGGAAGCGGGGAAGAGAGUGGCCAGCAGCUCUCUGUACCACCGGCUGACGGAGACUCUGGAGACGCAGCACGUUAAAGAGGUUACUGAGCUGCAGAGCGAGAACAAGUACAAGCAGAGCGGGAAGAAGUCGAUGUCGUCCAGUUUGUACGCUCAGCUGCCGCAGACGGCGGAGACGCAGCUCGCCGCCAAGAUGUCCGACAUGCAGAGCGAGAGUAAAUACAGGGAGGACGGCGUGAAGAGCCUCUCUCAGAGCUUCUACUCUCAGCUGCCAGAAACUGCUGAGACUCAGUUUGCUAAAAGCGUCUCUGAGCUGCAGAGCGAGGCCAGGUAUAAGGAGGCGAGCAGGAAGGAGGCGAGCAGCUGUCUGUACCACCAGCUGCCUGAAACUCUGGAGACGCUACAUGCUAAAGAGGCUACUGAGCUGCAGAGCCAGCUGAAGUACAACGAAGGGAAGAAAGAGCUGAGCAGCAACCUGUACUCAGCGCUGCCCGAGACCGAGGAGAUGAAGUUCGCUAAAGCCGUCGCGGAGCUUCAGAGUGAGAAUAAAUACAAGCAGAAAGGCAGACUGGAGAUCAGCAGCAGUGUUUUCCACCAGAUGCCGGAGACCAAAGAGACGGAGUUCGUUAAGCAGCUGUCUGAGCUUCAGAGCGAGACAAAGUACAAGAAGGACAAAGAGGAUCUGGCCAACACGUUGUUCUCUCUGCUACCUGAAACUCUGGAGACGCAGUUUGUGAAGGAGAUGGCGGAGACGCACAGCGAGAGUAAAUACAAGGAGGCGGGUAAGAAGGAGCUGGUUAACUGUCUGUAUUCUCUGCUGCCGGAGACCAAAGAAACUCAGCACGCCAAGGAGCAAACUCAGCUGUACAGCGAGAAAGUGUACAGAGAGGAGGGCAAGAAGGAAGCCGGCUGCAGUCUGUACGCUCAGAUGCCCCAAACCAUCGAGACCGUCUUCGCUAAAGAGCUGACGAAGACGCAGAGCGACAAGUUCUAUAAGGAGAAGUUUAAUCGGGAGAAGGGGAAGUCCAGCUACACCAACAUGAAAACACUGCCGGAGGUGGAGCACGCCAUGGAGGUCAACAAGAACCAGAGCGAUGUCAGCUACAGAAAAGGCAAAGAGGAGCUUCAUCACUACAACACGGUGGCAGACAGACCCGACAUCGUCAACGCCACCAACGCUGCUAAACUGGCCAGUGAUGUCGCCUAUAAGAAUAACACCAAGCUGCCAGCUUACAGUGACGUCUCUCUUCUGGCCAGAACUGACAUUCAGCACGCCAAGGAGGUUUCAAAGCUGGCCAGCCAGGUGAAGUAUAAGGAAAGUUUCGACAGACAUUUGAAGGGCCAGAGGCCUUGUUACAACCCGCUGGACUGUCUCUCCUUCAAACACACACAAGCUGCUGCUGCUCUGGCCAGUCAGGUGAAGUAUAAGACCAACCAGAACCAGAAACCAGAGGGUUCCACAGACCUGCCGAACCUCCUGCAGCUGGAACACGUUCUGCACGCCAGCAAGCUGCAGAGUAACGUGGAGUAUAAGAAGAAGUACGAGCAGACGAAGGCUCAGUACCAUGUUCCUCUGGACACGGCAGAACAGCUCCACCACAAGGAGAACGCAGUGCUGCACAGCCAGGUGAAGUACAGAGAGGAGUACGAGAGGAACAAAGGUCGCUCUCAGAUGGAGUUUGGAGACACUCAGACGUACAAAGUGUCGAAAGAAGCACAGAAGAUGCAGAGUGAGAGGGAGUAUCGGAGAGACUAUGAGGAGCAGAUAAAGGGGAAAGCCUUGGUUGAUGUCGACCAGACACCUGGAUACCUGACAGCCUGCCACGCCAGCAGCCUGCUGAGCGAGAAGGCGUACAGGAAGGACCUGGAGCAGGAAGUGAAGGGGCGGGGCUUAUCUGGCAUCGGGCUGGAGGAAACACCUGAGCUGCUGAGGGUUAAAAAGGCCAAUCAGAUCCUGAACCAGAAGGAGUACCGCAGGGACUUGGAGACGGAGAUUGUGGGUAAAGGGAUGGAGCUCAGUGCAGAUGUUCUUGAGAUACAAAGAGCAAAGAGAGCCUCAGAGAUCCAGAGCCAGAGGUCCUACAAGCAGACCGAGCAGCUCAGAGAAAACUCGUACGGGACGGUCACAGACACUCCUGAACUGCUGCACGCCUCCUACCUCAAAGACAUCUACAGCCAGAAGAAGUAUAAAGACGAAGCGGAGCGUCUGAAGGGAAGCUACAGUCUGGUCUCAGAAACCCCCGAGAUGGAGCGAGUCAAAGCCAACCAGAGACACAUCAGCUCUCUGCGGUACUGCUGGGACUCCAAGCUGAUGAGAGGCCUGAUGUCUUCAGUCACAGAGACACCGGAGAUCGUCCUCGCCAGAGAGAACGCUAAGAAGAUCAGUGAUGUCCAGUACAGAGAGGAGGUGGGACGUGGCACCGCUGUCAUGGACACACCUGAGAUGGAGCGAGUGCGACGCAACCAGGAAAACAUCAGCUCUGUCAAGUACAAGCAGAGCGCAGUGAAGGCCACCAGCAUCGGAGUGACUCCAGAACUGGAGAGAGUCCGACAGAACCAGGAGAACAUCAGCUCGGCAAGACACACACACACACACACACACACACACACACACACACACACAGAUGCUUGUUUCUCACAUCAUAUGUAUGAUGUGUGUGUGUUUGUGUGUGUGUGUGAACAGGUGAAGUACCAGCGCGGGCUGCAGGAGAUGAGGGGGCGGAGCUGCACCGAGCUGGACACACCCGAGUACAGACGUGUCAGGAAGUCACAGGACUCGGUCUCCAUGGUAGCAAUCCGGUUGCCGUGGCUCCUGCUUGGGCUGUGGGAGGAGCUAACAUGAGUGACGUGACGCACCUCGGGUGGGACUGACGCACCGCUGCUAACACCAACCACCAGACGGAGCAGUGUGUGCAUGUGUGUUGGUUACUAAAGGUCCUCAGGUAGACCUGAAUCCAGAGAGUCCAGUCUGACAUGAGCUGGUCUUGUGUUCUCUAGUCCACCAUCAGUGGUGAGAGGCUGGUGUUUGGAUUUAUUUAUAAUUCUGCUUAAUAACACAAAUUCACUGCUGAAGAAACAAAACAGGCAGAGAUUCACGGGACCGUCACAGGCCAGGUUCAGGUUCUCAGGCCAGUCACGACCUCUCUGCUCAUG